AGAGUUGAAUUAAGUUAGUAUUUUAUUUUAUUUCUCUUUCUGGGAAAACUCUCUCUCUCUCUCUCUCUCUCUCUCUCUCUCUCUAUAUGUGCGCUAUAUCUUCUCUUUCGUUUACAUGGGUUUUGGACCGUUAAUGCCCUAAUCAAAUCUCUAUCCAAAAUUUAUCCUUGAUUUUCUUUCUGGGUCAGAAUUUUCCCUCGGAAUCAAUAUUUGAUACUUCCCUUUUCUUUUCAUCUGGGUAUAUCUAAGAUUUCGAAAUGGGCAAAAAUCAAGCCUACAAAGCUAUGCAGAGAGCGAGACUUGGCUCGAGCUCUGCUGGGCCCGAAGAGAUCGAAGAUGGCAUGGUGGAUGGUUCUUUUCAUUCACCAGAGUGGCAUGCUGCUCGUUUGGCCAGCCUUAAAACUUCUCACACAGUUACCUGGGAAGAGUUCAAGAGAAAGCAAAAGGAGGAUGAAAUGAAAAGGGGGGAAUUGGAAGCUGAUACAGAUAGAAUGAUGCGAGAGUACAGAGCUCAACUUGAUGCUGAAAGGGCACGAAAACUUGCUCAUGGAAGGAACCACUCUAGCAAGUCUAAUCAUAAAAGGGAUAGAAAGGACAAAGAUUUAAAGAAACGCAGUAGCAGGAAGAGAAAGCAUUCAAGGCAGAGAUCAUCAGAUUCUAGCUCAUCAAGUUCAUCUUCGGAUUCUUCGAGUAGUGAUGAUGAGGAGAGAGAAUCAAGAAGAUCAAAGUCCAGGUCAAAGAGAACAAAGAAGGAAAAGAGGCAUAGGUCAAGAUCCAAGCACUCCAACAGUAACGAUGAAGAGGCGGAUGGUCCUGUGCCACUUUCUAGGUUCUUUGGGAGCAUCAAGAGCUAAUGCCAUGUUGAAGAUGGUUUUACAUACUUCAAACAGAUGUCUUCCUUGAACAAGAAAUCUGUCUUCUUUCUCAUUUUUUUCCCCUUGUGAUUUGCUCAAGUCCAAUUAUUUCUUUUUAAAUUGCUAAGCUUGUAAUAAUAUUAGUUUACUUCAUAUUCUUCCUCCUAGAAAUUCAUUCCAUUGUCAGUUCCUUUUGGAGUAUUAUGCUGCCUUUGGUUGGGAAGGAAAGAGAAGAUAGCACAAAACUAGACAAAAGGAUUUCCCUUUUUGUGUGUGAUUGGUGUAAUGCAGGACAUAGUAGCCCUGUUUUGUAAUAUUUGGAUAAAAGAGGACGUGAAGAAAUGACGAUAAUUUCAUUCUCUCUGCA